AUGCACGAAAAUGACGGACCGAAAAACAAUUCACUGUCAUUAACGACAGAAUUAAUUGACGAACCACUACAAAUCUUCAAUGAUAUGAACAAUCGUUUUGAAUAUGAUGAAGAGAUAACAGAAGCGGUGAAUAAAUGGUUGGAUGAACACAGAAUUGAGGAUAAAUGGUUAUUUGAGGCGGUGUAUGCACGUAAAGACGAAUUGAAAUACGCAGCGUUUUUAGGAUUUUUAUUCAGUCGUGGAGUUGGCUGCAAGAUUGACGAGAAACAAGCGUUUAAAUAUUAUAAGCUUAAAGCCGAUAUGGACGACCCAUUAUCACAAAACCAAAUCGGUUCUUACUAUCACAAUGGAUUUGGCGUUAAGCAAGAUUACAAGAAAGCCUUUUACUGGCUAGAAAAAUCUGCAAACAACGGUUAUGUAACAGCGCACACUUGGCUCGGCACUGGCCAAUUCUGGCUUGGAAUUUGUCAUUAUCGGGGAAUUGGUACCGCGAAAAGCAUUGACGAGUCGUUUUCUUGGUUUAUGAAAGCGGCCGCUCAAGGUGAAUCUCGCGCGAUGGAUUGGCUUGGGUAUCUUUAUCAAUGUGGCGGUGACGACGACGGCUGUGAUUUAAAGAUCAAUAAAAAGUACGCCGCUUAUUGGUAUGGAAAGGCAGCCAAACUUGGUAACAGAAGUGCUCAGUCCAAUUUUGGGACUUGCUAUGAGCUCGGUAUUGGUCUGAAUAGAGAUAUUCAUGAAGCACUUCGAUGGCUACAACGAGCGUCUCUUCAUGGGAAUGAGUUUACUCGUGAUCCUGUUGUUCGUAUUUUAAGCAGAUAUAGAACUUUGUAUUAUUAG